CUGGGAGGGAGGAAAAUGGCCGCCGGGUGUGGCGAGGGCAGCCCGCUGAAAGCCGCGGUGUCCCGGUUUCGCGUCCUCUAACGCGGCGGGGAGCAGGCUCUUUCGGCCGAACUGAGGGCGCCGUCCUCGGGCCGGGCUGAGAACGGUAUCGAAACGGAUAACUACAACGCUCUGUGAAAAUGUCGGUUCUGAUAUCACAGAGUGUAAUCAAUUAUGUAGAAGAAGAAAACAUUCCCGCUUUGAAAGCUCUUCUUGAAAAAUGCAAAGAUGUAGAUGAGAGGAAUGAGUGCGGCCAGACUCCUCUGAUGCUAGCUGCGGAGCAGGGCAACCUGGAGAUAGUGAAAGAAUUAAUUAAGAAUGGAGCUAACUGCAAUCUCGAAGAUUUGGAUAACUGGACAGCACUUAUCUCCGCAUCCAAAGAAGGGCAUGUACACAUUGUGGAAGAGCUGCUUAAAUGUGGGGUUAACGUGGAGCACCGUGACAUGGGAGGGUGGACCGCUCUGAUGUGGGCGUGCUACAAAGGCCGCACUGACGUGGUGGAGCUGCUGCUUUCCCACGGGGCCAACCCCAGCGUCACUGGUCUGCAGUACAGCGUUUACCCCAUCAUCUGGGCAGCCGGGAGGGGCCACGCGGACAUCGUGCAUCUCCUCUUGCAAAAUGGGGCUAAGGUCAACUGCUCCGAUAAGUAUGGAACCACCCCUUUAGUUUGGGCUGCACGAAAGGGGCACUUGGAAUGUGUAAGACAUUUACUGGCCAUGGGAGCUGAUGUUGAUCAGGAAGGAGCUAAUUCAAUGACUGCCCUUAUUGUGGCAGUAAAAGGAGGCUACACACAGUCAGUCAAAGAAAUCCUGAAGAGGAAUCCAAAUGUAAACUUAACAGAUAAAGACGGAAACACAGCUUUGAUGAUCGCAUCGAAAGAGGGACAUACAGAGAUUGUACAGGACCUGCUCGAUGCUGGGACAUAUGUGAACAUACCCGACAGAAGUGGGGACACCGUGUUGAUCGGUGCUGUCAGAGGUGGUCAUGUGGAAAUCGUUCGAGCCCUUCUCCAGAAGUAUGCAGACAUAGACAUUAGAGGCCAGGAUAAUAAAACUGCUUUGUAUUGGGCGGUUGAGAAAGGAAAUGCAACCAUGGUGAGAGAUAUCUUACAGUGCAAUCCCGACACGGAAAUAUGCACAAAGGAUGGUGAGACGCCGCUGAUAAAGGCUACCAAGAUGAGGAACAUCGAAGUGGUCGAGCUGCUGCUCGAUAAAGGAGCCAAGGUGUCUGCUGUGGAUAAGAAGGGAGACACUCCCCUGCACAUCGCUAUCCGCGGCCGGAGUCGGAGGCUGGCAGAGCUGCUCCUGAGGAACCCCAAGGACGGACGCCUGCUCUAUAGGCCCAACAAGGCCGGCGAGACGCCGUACAACAUCGACUGCGGCCACCAGAAGAGCAUCCUGACGCAGAUAUUCGGAGCCAGACACUUGUCUCCGACCGAAACGGACGGCGACAUGCUGGGCUACGACCUGUACAGCAGCGCCCUGGCGGACAUCCUCAGCGAGCCCACCAUGCAGCCGCCCAUUUGCGUGGGGCUGUACGCACAGUGGGGAAGCGGGAAGUCCUUCCUGCUCAAGAAGCUCGAAGAUGAAAUGAAGACUUUCGCAGGACAGCAGAUCGAGCCUCUCUUCCAGUUCUCGUGGCUCAUAGUGCUCCUCACUCUGCUGCUGUGUGGGGCACUGGGCCUGCUCUGCGCGUUUACGGUCGACCUGAACCUGGGCGUAGCUGUGUCGCUGAGCUUCCUGGCGCUUCUGUACAUAUUCUUCAUUGUCAUCUACUUUGGUGGACGGAGGGAAGGAGAGAGUUGGAACUGGGCCUGGGUCCUCAGCACUAGACUGGCGAGGCACAUCGGGUACUUGGAGCUCCUCCUCAAACUGAUGUUCGUGAACCCGCCCGAGUUGCCGGAGCAGACCACUAAAGCCCUGCCUGUGAGGUUUUUGUUCACCGAUUACAACAGGCUGUCGAGCGUAGGCGGAGAGACCUCGCUGGCUGAAAUGAUAGCCACCCUCUCAGAUGCUUGUGAAAGGGAGUUUGGCUUUUUGGCUACCAGGCUUUUUCGAGUAUUCAAGACUGAAGAUACCCAGGGUAAAAAGAAAUGGAAGAAAACUUGCUGCCUCCCAUCCUUUGUCAUCUUUCUCUUCGUCAUCGGCUGCGUCAUCGCUGGAAUCACUCUUCUGGCCAUAUUCAGAGUUGACCCAAAGCACCUGACGGUGAACGCCGUGCUCAUAGCCAUCGCGUCUGUGGUGGGACUGGCCUUCGUGCUGAACUGUCGGACGUGGUGGCAAGUGCUGGACUCGCUCCUGAAUUCUCAGAGGAAACGCCUUCAUAAUGCCGCCUCCAAGCUGCACAAGCUGAAAAGUGAAGGGUUCAUGAAAGUCCUGAAGUGCGAGGUGGAGUUGAUGGCCAGGAUGGCAAAAACCAUCGAUAGCUUCACGCAGAACCAGACGAGGCUGGUGGUGAUCAUCGACGGGCUCGACGCCUGUGAGCAGGACAAGGUCCUCCAGAUGCUGGACACCGUCCGAGUUCUGUUUUCAAAAGGCCCGUUCAUCGCCAUUUUUGCAAGUGAUCCACACAUUAUUAUAAAGGCCAUCAACCAGAACCUCAACAGCGUACUUCGGGACUCGAACAUAAACGGCCAUGACUACAUGCGCAAUAUCGUCCACUUGCCUGUGUUCCUGAACAGUCGUGGGCUGAGCAAUGCCAGAAAGUUUCUUGUAACUUCAACCACCAACGGAGACAUCCCGUGCUCAGACCCUGCAGGGAUACAGGAAGACGCUGACCGGAGAGUUUCACAGAACAGUCUUGGAGAGAUGACGAAACUCGGUAGCAAGACUGCCCUCAAUAGACGGGACACGUACCGAAGGCGGCAGAUGCAGCGGACCAUCCCUCGGCAGAUGUCCUUUGACCUCACAAAACUGCUGGUGACCGAGGACUGGUUCAGUGACAUCAGCCCUCAGACCAUGAGACGAUUGCUGAACAUAGUCUCUGUGACAGGGCGAUUACUGAGAGCCAACCAGAUCAGUUUCAACUGGGACAGGCUGGCUAGCUGGAUCAACCUCACCGAGCAGUGGCCCUACCGCACUUCCUGGCUCAUACUGUACUUGGAGGAGACGGAGGGGGUUCCAGACCAGACGACACUCAAGACCAUCUAUGAGAGAAUAUCAAAGAAUAUUCCAACAACUAAAGAUGUCGAGCCACUACUUGAAAUCGAUGGAGAUAUACGAAAUUUUGAAGUGUUUUUGUCUUCAAGGACCCCAGUUCUCAUAGCUCGUGAUGUGAAAACCUUUUUGCCAUGCACUGUAAACCUAGAUCCCAAACUCCGGGAAAUUAUUGCAGAUGUCCGUGCUGCGAGAGAGCAGAUCAACAUAGGGGGGCUUGCCUACCCCCCACUCCCUCUACACGAAGCCCCUCCUCGUGUGCCGUCGGGGUACAGCCAGGCCCCGUCCGUCUGUUCUUCUUCCACUUCCUUCAACGGGCCAUUCGCCGGGGGGGUGGUGUCACCACAGCCUCACAGCAGCUACUACAGCGGCAUGACCGGCCCGCAGCACCCCUUCUACAACAGGCCAUUCUUUGCCCCAUAUCUUUACACGCCAAGGUAUUUCCCUGGCACUUCCCAACAUCUCAUCUCACGUCCAUCAGUAAAAACGAAUUUGCCCAGAGAUCAGAACAAUGGCCUAGGAUCCGGCCCAGCCUCAGGACCGGUGGUGUCACUGAACUCGAUGAAUGUGGACGCCGUCUGUGAGAAACUGAAGCAAAUCGAAGGGCUGGACCAGAGCAUGCUGCCUCAGUACUGCGCCACCAUCAGAAAGGCAAACAUAAAUGGCCGUGUCCUAGCUCAGUGUAACAUCGACGAACUGAAGAAAGAGAUGAGUAUGAAUUUUGGAGACUGGCACCUUUUCAGAAGCACUGUACUAGAAAUGAGAAACGCAGAAAACCAGGUGGUCCCUGAAGACCCACGCUUCCUGAGUGAGAACAGCAGCGCCCCGGCUCCUCAUGGGGAGUCAGCUCGUCGGUCCUCGCACAAUGAGCUGCCUCACACCGAGCUUUCUAACUACACGCUGAACUUCAGCUUUGAGGAGCUGAAUACGCUGGGCCUGGACGAAGGUGCCCCACGCCACAGCAAUCUCAGCUGGCAGUCACAAACUCGCAGAACCCCAAGUCUUUCAAGUCUCAAUUCCCAGGAUUCCAGUAUUGAAAUUUCAAAGCUUACCGAUAAGGUGCAGGCCGAGUAUAGAGAUGCCUAUAGGGAGUACAUUGCUCAGAUGUCCCAGUUAGAAGGGGGGACAGGGUCCGCGACCAUCAGUGGCAGGUCCUCCCCACACAGCACAUACUGUAUGGGUCAGAGCUCGUCGGGGGGCUCUAUCCAUUCUAGCCUAGAGCCCGAGAAAGGGAAGGAGAGCGAGCCCAAGCAGGAUGAUGGGCGGAAGUCAUUUUUAAUGAAGAGGGCAGAUGUGAUAGAUUACUCAUCGUCAGGGGUUUCCACUAACGAUGCCUCACCUCUGGAUCCGAUCACCGAAGAGGAUGAGAAAUCUGACCAGUCAGGCAGUAAGCUUCUCCCAGGCAAGAAGUCCUUAGAAAGGUCCAGUCUGUUUCAGACAGACUUAAAGCUUAAGGGGAGUGGACUGCGCUAUCAGAAACUUCCAAGUGACGAGGAUGAGUCUGGCACGGAGGAGUCAGAUAACACUCCCCUGCUCAAAGAUGACAAAGAUAAAAAAGCUGAAGGGAAGGCAGAGAGAGUGUCGAAGUCUCCGGAACACAGCGCCGAGCCGAUUAGAACCUUCAUCAAAGCGAAGGAGUAUCUGUCAGACGCCCUCCUGGACAAGAAGGAUUCGUCAGAUUCUGGGGUGAGGUCUAACGAGAGUUCUCCUAACCACUCUCUUCACAACGAAGCGGCCGACGAUGCCCAGCUUGAGAAGGCGAAUCUCAUAGAGCUUGAAGAUGACAGCCACAGCGGAAAACGGGGCAUACCGCAUAGCCUGAGUGGCCUCCAAGAUCCCAUCGUCGCUCGCAUGUCCAUCUGCUCAGAAGACAAGAAGAGCCCUUCCGAGUGUAGCCUGAUCGCCAGCAGUCCUGAGGAGAGCUGGCCUGCGUGCCAGAAGGCCUACAACCUGAACCGCACCCCCAGCACGGCCACGCUCAACAACAACAGUGCCCCAGCCAACCGGGCCAAUCGGAAUUGCGACGAAACCGAGGGGAUCAGGGAAUCUUCUCAAGUCAUUCUGAGGUCUGGCUCCAGUUCCAACCCAACGGCUCUUCAGAAUGAAAAUCUAAAAAGCAUGGCGCAUAAGCGAAGCCAACGUUCCAGUUACACGAGGCUCUCCAAAGAGUCCUCGGAGCUCCAUGCAGUAGCUUCUUCUGAUAGUGCGGGUUUUGGAGAAGAAAGAGAAAGCAUUCUUUAAGAAAAGCCAGCUAAAGUAGAGUAGAUUGCUGUGCCCCGGCGACCGGGCAGGCCCGCGUGCACGUCGCGGGAUUUCCCUCCAUGAUCAUGGGUGACAGGGCCUUUGCAGAGACACAGACCCUGCCACAGAAGGACGCCUAGGGGCUGGCGGUCCCCAGGGAGCAGCCCCUUUGCCUUUGCAAUUAGGAACUUAAAAUCUCCCUGUCACAGUCAUGCCUCUCAUUAACACAUAACCCCAUAACAUCUUUUGAGAUAAGACCUGACUGUAAAGAUAGGUCAGAAAUAUUUUACUAAAUUUGAAAGGCUUAGUUUGCCAAAGGACAGAAAAGGCUAGGGACCCCUUUCGUAGAACAUUCAUUCAUCAAACAGGUGAGGGAAUAUGUGGCGGAAGACGAAGCAGAAGCAGGUUUUGCUCUGAAGGGGUUUAAUCUCAGUAAGAACGUCCAUGUUGUGUGGAGUGUUCCAGAGACUGGAGGCAAAAGCUCAGUGAAGUGAGAACCAUGUUCUGCGUGACAGACAAAUCGUUCGUCCGUCAGACAGAGGCUCUAAGUUUUAGGUGGGAAAUAUAUAAUGAGAGCUUAAAAGUUAACAGGCAGUGAGUCCACAGUGACCGAGGCAGGGUAACGAGGCCACUUUGAGCUGUUGGGAGAGGUCGAGGGAGGGGCCGGCCACUUCUGGGCACACCUCUCUCCAAAUCCCAGACCUGGCUUCCGGCACCUGUGCCCCAGAAGCCGCCUGAUCUGUUCUGCCGCUGUUCGAAAUUAUGUGCCAGCUCUUCUGGUGAGCUUAGCGUGAGAGGGAGAAACUGUGGGAGUCUUUUUCUAGAGAAUCAGGGAGACGUGGGUAAUGAUGGGACUAAUGUUCACUAAUUUAUGAAACGAGCGAGGAAGUCAUGACAUCCGAAAGGUCAGUGCCACUUGACAGACACAGCAACACUUAAUCAGGUAAAGCUAAAGCGUGGCCGUCCACACCAGGGCACAGUUGACCUGCUUCCUCUCGUAGACCAGCCGGCCAGUUCUGGGGGAGGAGCGCAAGAGAGAAAGUAAAUACAGAAAGGUUUAAAAACACAUAACAAAGCAAACAUUAAAAACAAAGAUAAAAUUGGUGUGAGUAUAAAAUUUUUCCUUCCCAUGAAUUGUCAGCAGGGUUGAGAGGGUGAUUGCAGUUAAGUGGGGGGCAGAUGUGCACUGUCUGGACGUGGCUUGUUUAUGGGGCGUCAAUUCCGGCAGUGUAUCGUAGGUCACAGAGAGGGUUCUAGAGGGUGGGGUCUCAGAGGGUCAUUUGCCAAGAUGUAGUGCUGCAUUUUCCAUGUUUAUCACUUAAUGGAUUUUCAUUAACGUGCUGAUUAAAUUAUUUAUUCGACCAGUCCGCACUAAAUAGCUGCUGUUCGUGUUUCAUUGCUCUGAUAUUUAAAUAUAAUCUUGCAUUUUCAUAAAGUGUUUGUCUUGCAUGACUUUAAAAACUGUUUUAAGCAAAUAAAAAGCAAGUUGUGACUAGCAUUAUAUAUUGAAGUGUUAACAUUUUAAUAUUUAUAGUGUUUAUUGGUUUGUAAGAUUGUAUAAUUAGUAAUCAUUUCAGAUCACUUGGUUUGUGUUUGGGUGAGUAGCAGCUUAAUGUCAUUGGAUUACAUUCUUGUUCCUGUUUGUGAAAUUAAUACCAGGGUAUUAAGUGUACAAAUAGAUCUAGCAAACAAUAAAAAAUUGCAUGCUA